AUGAACUCUAUGAAAGACCCUUUACAUUUGGAUCCUUUACACCAUCAUCACCAUCAUCAUCCUCAGGCGGUGACACUAGUCUCCAUGGCUUCCUCCCUGGGGCAGCGCUCGGUGGAGUGUAAGCAAAGGUUGGAGGUCCAUACCAUUUCAGACACCUCCAGUCCAGAGACUGCAGAUAAAGAGAAAAAUCACCAAAGUAAAAAUGACGAUGCCAGCACCGAUGACCCCUCCAAGAAGAAGAGGCAGAGGAGGCAGAGGACGCAUUUCACCAGCCAACAGCUGCAGGAGCUAGAGGCCACCUUCCAGAGGAACCGCUACCCUGACAUGUCCACCAGGGAGGAGAUCGCUGUGUGGACCAACCUCACCGAGGCCAGAGUCAGGGUUUGGUUCAAGAACCGCAGAGCUAAAUGGAGAAAGAGAGAGAGGAACCAGCAGGCUGAGCUAUGUAAGAAUGGCUUUGGUCCUCAGUUCAAUGGCCUCAUGCAACCCUACGACGACAUGUACCCUGGCUACUCCUACAACAACUGGGCAGCCAAAGGGUUGACUUCUGCUUCUCUCUCCACCAAGAGCUUCCCUUUCUUCAACUCCAUGAAUGUCAACCCCUUGUCCUCACAGAGCAUGUUCUCCUCACCCAACUCCAUCUCCUCCAUGAGCAUGUCCUCCAGUAUGGUGCCUUCUGCAGUCACUGGGGUGCCAGGUUCUAGCCUCAACAGCUUGAAUAAUCUGAACAACUUGAGCAACCCUUCUCUGAAUUCAGCAGUGCCAACGCCAGCCUGCCCCUAUGCCCCACCAACACCCCCCUAUGUCUACAGAGACACAUGUAACUCCAGCUUGGCAAGCCUUAGACUCAAAGCCAAACAGCACUCUAGUUUUGGAUAUGCUAGUGUUCAGAACCCAGGAUCAAAUCUCAGUGCGUGUCAGUAUGCUGUGGACAGACCUGUCUGA